AUGCUACCUACAGCCCCUCCGGGGGUGGAUCCAGACAUAUGGCAGCUGGAAUUGCCAAGCGUACUGGGCACAGCACAUCCUGAUUUUCAGGACCCGUCAAGCGCUGAUGAAACAGAGGAGCCGUUGUUCAUAGACAGGCCGCCGCUCAGUGAUCGCAUGACAGCCCUAGUGUCAUACUUUGAUGAUUCGCCCGGAGACAGAUCUGUGAGCUCGCUGCGUGAUGUGGUGAUUAAGUCAUACACAGCAGGCAUGUGCAACAUGGGUGGCCGGUCUGCUCUACGCCUGCACACAACAUGUCACCCAGACCUGGUGAAAUCUGUUUGCACAUUGAUCCGUGAUGUUUGGCCGGAUCAUUGCUUCACGAGCUUCACAAUUGCGGAGGGCUCCCUUCAGAAGUGGCAUCGCGAUCGAGGCAAUGCUUACGGUAUGAACUUGGUUAUUCCCAUUACUUACUUUCGAGAUGGUGCAUUAUACAUUGAAUCUCCAGAUGCUUCAACGGCUUCUUGGGUCACCCUUGCAGGCGAAACCCAUCGUGCCAUUCGUGUCAGCUUUGAUGAAGGCCCGGUCGCCUUCAACGCACAGCGGCAUCUUCACUGCGCCGAGACAUCUAUUGAUCGUCGGGUCAUUUGUGUUGCUUACUGCUUGCGUGGCAUCGAGCAUCUCAGUGCUGCACACUAUGCCACACUUUGCAACUUGGGAUUCAAUGCACCGCUUCUUGAGCCUCUGGCAGACGAUGAUGAGCCGCGAAAUUUGAUCUCAGGUGCCUUUACAGAUUUUCGUGACAUGCGCCGUCUCUCAUGA